CCUUACCCACCUUUUAUGCCUCGAAGAUUCACAGGGCGCAGCAGAUACCGAUCACAGCAGCCAAUACCACCACACCCUUACCAUCCCAGCCUAUUACCUUAUGUGCUAUCAAUGCUCCCAGUGCCACCUGCAGUUGGACCAGCUUUCAGCUUUGAGUUGGAUGUGGAAGAUGGAGAGGUAGAAAACUAUGAGGCACUGCUGAAUUUGGCAGAACGUCUGGGAGAAGCCAAACCACGAGGACUGACAAAGGCGGACAUUGAACAGCUUCCAUCCUACAGGUUCAAUCCAAAUAACCACCAGUCAGAACAGACAUUGUGUGUGGUAUGCAUGUGUGAUUUUGAGUCAAGGCAGCUACUUAGAGUCUUACCCUGUAACCACGAGUUCCAUGCCAAGUGUGUUGAUAAAUGGCUGAAGGCAAAUCGUACCUGCCCAAUUUGUAGAGCUGAUGCUUCAGAAGUGCAUCGUGAUUCAGAAUGACCAAUCUAAAAGCACAGAUCUGGUUUGGGUGUUCCUGGUCACAUGUAUAUAUGAACUAUCUAUUGAACUUACCCAUGUGGCUUCCAGCCUACCCUUUACACAAAAGGGUCAAUGGACCUUACUUUGCACUGCGUGACUUAAUUACAAAGCUUAUAACUAGUCUUCACAGUUACAGGAUUGUUAUACUAACAGUGUGAUUGGAACUCCAAAGAUUUAUUUUUUUUAGCUUAAUUUUGUGUGUGCACUAACAUUCCCUGGUUUUUUUGUGAUCAUUCCGAGUGUUGCUGCGAGAUUACUGUGGAUGUCAUCUUUUAGCAUGUGCUUUUAUAUAAAAGAAAAAGGAGAAAAAAAAAAAAGAGUGGUAGCUCCAAACAAUAUAGCAAUCUACCUUAUAUAGAGCCUUCAGAUACUGUGAGUGGGAAUGAAUGGUGUGAAUGUGUGUUUGCUUGUGAGAGGAUGCAGGAAGUGUGUUUGUGACUGAGUGUACAUGGGUGUUUGAGAACCUAUAUACCAGCAUGUUCUGAGAAUGUAUGUGUGUAGUAAUAAUUAUGCUGCAAUGUAUAAUCUUGUGUGUUAUUUAAACAGUACUAGUACUGUACACUGGUUCCUUUCCUUGUGUUUGCAGUUGUACACUGAAUGUGAUGGGUGCGGCAAUUACAGACAUUUAGUAUUUCCUCCCCAAUGUGCUUAAAGGUAUAAAGACCUUUCUACCUACUAUUCAAACAGCAGUUAUGCUUCCCCUUCAUUGGAAGCUUUAUAUGUGUACCACUAAAGAGUGCU